AUGGCCGAAGAUUCGGGACCUGUCGAUAAUUUUAAUGAAGAUGGUGAGGACGUCGUUACUCUUGGUCAGUUGAAGGAUGCGAUUGAACAGAAUGAGAGUGAAAGAGUUAUGAAUGGACCCAAAUCGAUGGUGUGCACUUAUCCCGAGGUAAUUUCUGAGUCCUUAUUUUUGGUUUUUAGUGACUCAUCAUGGAUAAUAUAUUUUUUUUCCGGCUUUUGCUAUUUCUUUCUAAUAAUUACACGAAAUGGAUUACUGUAGCCCGAGUCUAGCUUAUGAAAGGGGUUGCAAGUUUUUAUUCGUUCUAUUUUUGCGAUUUUUACUAGCUGGAAUGGUUAACUUAAUUUUUGCACCGUCGUCCCGUCAAAUGUUUUUAGAAACUUGCAUUGGGUUCGAAAUUAAAUUUUUGCUGCGUUUAUCGUUGCUUAUUUCCAGAACUACGUCCCUCGGCAAUCUAUUUUCUCAUGUGUAACAUGUCAAGAAGAAUCAGAGGGAGAACUGGCUGGAAUAUGCUUUGCUUGCAGUGAAAAUUGUCAUGCUGGCCAUGAGGUCCUUCAGCUGUAUACUAAACGCAAUUUCUGCUGUGAUUGCGGAAAUAGCAAGUUCAAGAACAAUAAAUGCACCUUGUUUGAUGUAAGUUCGUUUUCAUUCUAUUUUUUAAAUGUUUAGAGACGUGAAAGGCCUUUCGAACGUUACAUUUCGUCUUCUUACAGGGUAAAAUCCCCAAGAACCGCCGAAACAAGUACAAUCAUAACUUCAAAGGGCUAUAUUGUACAUGCGACAAGCCUUAUCCCCCGGCCCCAGAUGAUCCCAUGUUCAAAGCCGAGAUGUUCCAAUGUUGUAUAUGUGAAGACUGGUUCCAUGGGGAGCACAUUGGAAUACCGGAUGAUGUUUAUCAGGACCUGGAACAGGAAUUGGUCUGCAAUUCUUGCUCCAACCAAUACCCAUGGCUGAUCGUUUACAAGGCUGUGUUGGACAAAAAACUUGCUGAAGUGGUAAGAAAUUGGGGGUUGCAGAGAAAUUUAGACCUGUUUCUUCGGGUUUUUGACGUUGUGGGCAAUAAUUUUUUUCAAAAAAUUUAUAUUAUACAAGGUAUUUUUAGGCAAAUGUAACUCAAGAAACCAGUCCAACGACUUCUCAGGAGCCGCAACCGGCUACAGAAAAACAAGAACCCCCGAAAGAAGAGGUUCAGACGCCAGAAUUUAAUGGUUGUACCCUGGAAAAUCCCGAAUUUAAAUCCUCACCAAACUCUAACGGAUUUGUCUUCCCGUCGAUAGAAUGGCGCAAAUUACUCUGUAAAUGCGAGAAAUGCAAGGUUAGUUGAUUUUGAUUAUUUUUGGAUUUGAUUUUUAGAAAAAGGUCGGUAUUUUUUCUCAUGGAUAAUAUAAUUUCAAUCUGAAAUUGUAUUUUUGCAGAGAAUGUACGAAGAUCUCGAUAUCGAAUAUCUUUUGGACGAAAAUGACUCGGCUCUGAGGUAUGUGGAGGGAAAUUGGAAGGCCAUGGAGGACAAGGACGGCGAUAUUUUCAAUGAAAUCGCUCAAACCACCUCGCAUGAGGUCGCGUUGACUUUGAAAAAUGGUAUGAAAAUAAGCGUAUGGACAUUUGUUGAUUUGUUUUCAGGAGUAGCCAAUUUGUCAAGCAAACUCAAAGAAUUUCUGGACAAAUCGGACCCCGGAAAAGUGAUCACCAAAGAAGACAUCGAAAAUUUCUUUGAUGGGGUGAACGCCAAGAAAUUCAAACCCAAUGAAGACUUGUAA